ACAGAUCAGCCGUCCAAAGGGCCAUGUUCACAUCUAUCGUCUCUUAGCUCUGCGGCCGGAGGUCCCCACGCUGACUCCAGCAGCACAGCUUCACAGUCGGCGAGGGUGUUAAGGAGGCAGUCCAAGGCUGUGGAGAUGACCGAGAAUGGCAGUCAUCAGCUGGUGGUAAAGGCCAGGUUCAAUUUUAAGCAGACCAACGAGGAUGAACUCUCCGUUAACAAAGGAGACAUUAUUUAUGUCACCCGGGUUGAAGAAGGGGGCUGGUGGGAAGGGACCUUGAAUGGAAAAACAGGCUGGUUCCCAAGCAACUACGUCAGAGAAAUCAAAUCUACCGAUAAACCACUCUCUCCCAAAGCAUUAAAAGGACUUGAAAGCACUCAGCUGACAAAGAAUUAUUACCCUGUGGUGUUGCAAAAUAUUCUGGAAACAGAACGAGAUUAUGCGAAGGAACUACAGUCACUUCUGGGAACUUACUUAAGACCCCUCCAGUCUUAUGAUAAGCUCAGCGCCGUGGACAUUGCAUCAUUGCUGGGAAAUGUGGAAGAAAUCUCUGCAUUUCAGCAAACACUGAACCAAGCCUUGGAAGAAGCUGCAAAGCUCCCCGAGAACCAGCAGCGCGUCGGAGGCUGUUUCAUGAACCUGAUGCCCCAGUUCCGCUCCCUGUACCUGACGUACUGUGGUAACCACCCGUCAGCGGUCAAUGUCCUCACACAACACAGUGAUGAGCUGGAGAAGUUCAUGGAGAGCCAGGGUGCGGCCAACCCAGGCAUUCUCAUCCUAACCACGAGCCUCAGCAAACCCUUCCUGAGGCUGGAUAAAUAUGUGACACUGCUGCAGGAGCUGGAGCGACACAUGGAGGAGGCGCAUGCAGAUCAUGAAGACAUUUUGAAAGCCAUCACAUCCUUCAAGUCCCUUGUGUCGCAGUGCCAAGAGCUGAGGAAGAGGAAACAGCUCGAACUGCAGAUCCUUUCUGAAUCCAUCCAGCGCUGGGAAGGAGAGGACAUCAAAACGAUGGGAAACAUCAUCUACAUGUCCCAGGUUAUGGUGCAGUGUGGGGGAAGCGAGGAGAAAGAAGAGCGAUAUUUCUUGUUGUUUUCAAACGUUUUGCUGAUGCUGUCUGCAAGCCCACGGAUGAGUGGGUUCAUCUAUCAGGGAAGGCUGCCUUUGACAGGAAUUACGCUGACAAAGCUGGAAGAUGCUGAAGGGAAUGAGCACAUGUUUGAAAUUGCAGGGAACGUGAUGGAGCGGAUCACCGUGUCCUGCAGCACCAGCCAGGACUUGCACGAAUGGCUCGAGCACUUGCAAAGGCUGACCAAGGGGACGUGCAACACCAUAUCCAAAACACAGUCCUGGAGUGCCCAUUCGACGUUUAGUUCAGCCGGACAGAUCCGUGGGCCUCUGGAACCCCCUAAAAUCCUCAAACCCUGGAGCCUGAGCUGCCUCCGUCCUGCUCCUCCACUCAGACCGUCGGCAGCGCUGAGUUACAAAGAGAGGAUGUCUUAUAUCUUAAAGGAUUCCAGCAAAAGUCCAAAAACAAUGAAGAAGUUCCUUCCAAAAAGGAAAACUGAGAGAAAACCAUCUGAUGAAGAGUUUGUUAUUCGGAAAAGUACUGCGGCGCUGGAAGAAGAUGCUCAGAUCCUGAAGGUGAUCGAGGCAUACUGUACCGGGGCAGGCUUCCAGCAGGCUCUCAGCUCAGGUUCCCGUAAAGACUCCAUCCCCCAAGUCCUUCUUCCUGAGGAAGAGAAAAUCAUCAUAGAGGAAACACGAAGCAAUGGCCAGACUGUCACGGAGGAAAAGAGCCUUGUUGACACGGUUUAUGCACUGAAAGAUGAAGUCAAAGAACUGAAGCAGGAGAACAAAAGGAUGAAACAGUGUUUGGAGGAAGAACUUAAAUCCAGGAAGGACUUGGAGAAGCUGGUGAGAAGGUUGCUGAAGCAGACGGAUGAGUGUGGCCGGGAGGAGACGGGGCGCAAGUCGUCCCUCAUCGCCUGAAUUCGGGGGGGAAGCUGCUGGCAGUGGUGUGUGACCUCAGGUAUUUUUUGGGAAGCGGAACUGGAUCCUUUGCCUCUUCUUGCUCCUUAUUUUGUUGGUUUUGGGAAUUUUGUUAC